GAAAGCCAUGCUCUUGCUAAAGAAGAAGCGGUACCAAGAGCAACUCCUAGAUAAAACAGAAAACCAAAUCAGCAACUUGGAGCGGAUGGUCCAGGAUAUUGAAUUCACCCAGAUCGAAAUGAAGGUCAUUGAGGGCCUGAAAAUAGGCAACGAGUGUCUGAACAAGAUGCACCAGGUUAUGUCCAUAGAAGAAGUAGAAAGAAUAAUAGGGGAAACCCAAGAUGCCGUGGAGUACCAGCGGCAAAUCGAUGAGAUCCUGGCUGGCAGCCUCACCGAGGAAGAUGAAGAUGCCAUUCUAGAAGAACUAAACGCUAUUACUCAGGAACAGAUGGAGCUCCCAGAAGUUCCCUCUGAGCCGCUCCCGGAGAAGAUCCCAGGUACGCCG